CAUUGUGUCGUCGAGAAUUGGUAAACUUUACAUUUGUAAAGAAACGACGACUGUGAUUGCUGAACCGUAGUAUUCACUUGUUGUUGAACUUUUUAUGAUACAAGAUGUACUCUUAUAGAAGCCAUACGCUAGUCGAUAUGAAUAUUGCGACAGUAGUCCCCGUGUAGAUUCGGUGCGUUACAUCAAUGCCAGUCUCGCCCUCGUAAUGAGCGUUGUAUCAUCAUGGAAGAUCACCUGCAUAAUCCGGAUUAGAUUGGACUGUGAUUCAACCAGGAUGGGAUCAGAUAAUCCACCAAAAGACACUGUUUUUCAAAGAUACCUAGCAGUGUAAAGUCAGUCCAUCACGAUGUCACCGACAAUCUCUAUUUCCACUGUUCUCUACAUACUAAUCUUCAUGCUCUCUCUAUCUGGUUACACGGCUGGCCAGACGUGCAUGGAAGAUGAAAUCACCAUAAUAUCAAGCUCACCACAAAUCUGCGAAGAUGGAAAUGUUACCAUCCAGUGCAGCGGACGGAUCGGAGUAGUCGAAAUUUACAGAGAUGGAGAAAUGCUCUACAACGGUACAUCGCUGGCCCCAGAGCUUCAAUCGCGAGAGGUGUCCGUCACAUCAUUGACCCAAGGUAGUAAUUGCAUGUCGGUGCUCUUAACAUUCGAAACAGUCACACAAGCAGAUGCGGGAAACUAUACAUGUCGGACUAACGCAACCGAAUCGAAUGUCCUGAGACUUGUUGUUGAAUCUCAGGUUUAUCUGCAUGAUUGCAUGAUCAACGCAGCCACCGGCCCUGUUGUAGAGAAAGGUGAAAACAUCACUUGCAGUAGCGCGACUGGACAGCCAUCUUGGGUGAACAUAGACCCUGCGGCUAGCUUGGUCAACAUCGAAAGCGUCUCAGUCACCGUUCUCGCCUUUCAUUCGGUGAACUCAACUCUGGUGAGGACGCUAGAAUGCAACAUCGUUUCCUUCCCCGCAAGUUCUUGUCCAUCCACGUCGACGCCGUGCUUUGACCGUGUCGUCGUCGUACCCAACCCCGUUCAUAGCUACCUAUCACUAACGCCUGCUGUGGAAACUAUUAAUUCGGGUGGAUCUGCGACUUACUCUUGUACCACCACUCUGAACGGGGCCAUGCUGACGAUAGCUCCACCCACAUUAACUGAUACGAUCCAAUACACCACCCGUCGCUAUAGUGAUACCAACAUCCAAAUUGCGUUCUCGAAUAUAACAAUGAAUUACACUGAGCCUAUAGUCCAGUGCAUGUUACUGUACGGUGAUAGGCUAGUAGCCAGUGCCUUUGCGUCUGUAGUAGUGCUGGAAGUAAAAGAGGUCCUCACUACGGUACUUCCAACAACAUCUAGCAAUGUUUCAACAAUGGUGAUUACGAAUAAAACAGAUACUUCUUUAACUCCGACGCCGAUGAUUAAUGAAAGUACAACAGAGUAUUCGUCACCAACGACAGGAAGGCCUACAGAGACAACCACAAUUGUGCAUGUGCGAAGUUAUCGAAUCAUUGACACCAGAUUCCUCAUCAUCGGUCUCGUUAUCGGAUUGCUUGUAUUCGUCGCCAUCAUCGUCCUAUGCGUUCUCGUGUUCAGGCGGCAUGCAAGGAGGAAAGGCGACUGGACAGUCGCGUCGGCGACGUCGAGAAGGCGUGGUCAGGCUGAAGUCGCGUCGAGUGGCAUCGAAGGCAGACUAGAAUGGGAGACCGACAUCAAUCCCCUGGUCGUCUUCGAGACGACCCCCAUCGACGCUCUGGCCUCCGAUGACGACCACUAUGACGACAACGGCUCUCUGACUGGUGAAGAUCUACAGGACUCUCGAGUUACCAGGAGUAACGGGUAUUCCAAUCAUAUCAACGAGGCACCAGCUGUUUUGAAAUUCGAUGCGGUGAUUGAAAACCAUGCCGCGCUUGGAGCCGAAGCAUCUUCUGCACAAGUGGUAGGUGAAAGUGGGCGUGGCAUCAACAGAGGGUAUUCCCCCGAUGACCAAUCUGUUGUCAUUCAUCAUGCGGACAUUCCCUAUCAAGACUCAACCGUCCAACAAUCCACCCCCAAUGGUCACGUUGUCUCUGGAGAAAGCAACAUCGACGAAUCGGCGCACGAUAAAGCUGAUAAUCAGAUUGACAUCGCCUCGCUAAAUUUCAUCGACGCGACAAGACUGGACGCGAGUGAGUCGGAUACAGACUGGGAUUCUGGGUAUAGUUUAGGACACGACUCUAUACUCUCUGAAAUCGACGAGGGCGCUAUUAACAUCAUAUCAGUCUGAUGGCUUUUCAAAAGCACAACGAUACCACGUAGCGUUAUACAGGGGCAAAUGGAGGAGGAGGAAGGCCAUCUGCACCUGCCGACAGAUUUCUUACCCAUCAAAUGCACAAAACAUAGCCAUGUUCCAAAAAAUGAAUUUAUUACUCAAUAGUUAUACAUUGUUAUUCAUCUUUAUAGAAAUGUAAUAGUUAGUUCUAUAUCGGUUACUGGGAAUGAUUCAACUUAUUGAUCCGCGACGUUUCACCAGUUCCAACUGGCUUCUUCAGGCGUUCUGAUUCCCAUGAAAUUCAGCUUUUGUUCAUUAGGGGCGUGGAGAGAUGUAGUACCAACCGUGCUGAAGUAUAUGCAUUACUGUAAGGCAAGAUGUUUUGCCCCUCCUGUGGCUACUGUCCAACACUGUUAUGACAUGCAUUAUUGUAUUCGUGAAAAAGCAUCUUUAAUUUUGCAAUACUGUAAUGUUGCAAAACGAACAGUAAAAUGAAGAAUCUUUAAUGUCUUACUCAAUUUCCAGGAAAAUAACACCAGACAAUGUCUGAAUCAGUAAAAUAACAGCGUUGCUGCAAAAAAAUCACAAUAACAACAAUUAAUAAACAGGAAAUGUUUAUUUUAAAAGGCCUUCUUCCUUG